GUUACUAUAGAUAGUGGUUCAACACCAAUAGGGCCGUUCGCCGUUCGUCGUCAAUUGUCAACAUGUCACGAACGGGAACGAAACUCGAUGCAAAGAAAGUGAACUCUGAACUGUUCACCCUGACUUACGGCUCACUCGUGGCCCAGUUGCUCCAGGACUAUGAAAACGUGGAGGACGUUAACAAGCAGCUGGAGAGAAUGGGAUACAACAUUGGGAUACGUUUGAUAGAGGAUUUUCUGGCGCGCACCGGCUCCGGCCGAUGCUACGACUUCAGAGACACGGCGGAGAAGAUUCAGAGCGGCUUCAAGAUAUUCCUCGGCAUAACGCCGUCGAUCACGAAUUGGAGCCCGGGCGGCGACGAGUUCUCCCUGUGCUUCGAGACGAAUCCGCUAACGGAAUUCGUCGAAUUGCCGGAUAAUUAUUCGAACCUGAAGUAUUGUAACAUACUGCCCGGCGUGCUCAGAGGAGCCUGCGAAAUGGUGCAGAUGGAGAUUGCCUGCUGGUUCGUGCAGGAUCAACUUAAGAAUGACAAUGUGACCGAACUGCGUGUGAAGUUUGUCAAGAGGCUAGAGGACGCGAUACCAGCGGGCGAGGAUUGAACGUAUUCUAAAUUAUCUAAAUAUGUACAAAACGAUAUCUGCGAUAUCGUGUAUAUCGUUCUAAUGAUAAAAGUAUCUUGUAUCUUUAGGUUUAAGAUAUAUUGUAACAAUUAGGCGUGUAUUUUCCCGUCGCUUGCAUUCCGCAAAACUUUCGAUUAAAAGUAAUAUAUAUGGAUAUCAUUCUCAUGUUAAUGUCGCAACGAUAGUGAGACAGGCAAUACAUACCACGUUUGUUUAAAA